AUGACCCUGACCGCGCCACGGAUUCAGCCGCCGCCCACAACCAGCAGGACAGCACCGAAAAGCACAAAUUCCGAACACGCGCAACAUCAAUCUUUGUUCUUCCGUCUUCCUCAUGAGAUCCGCCAUCUCGUCUUCUUGCUAGCUCUAGCAAAGCCGCCUUCUGCCGCUCUCCUCGACUCCUCUCACGAUGACAGCGUAGACGUCGAGCCUGCUCUUCUUUCUACUUGUCAUCGCGUCCGCGCCGAGGCACUGACUCUUUUCUACAGCACCAAUGAUUGGGUCAUCAAAACACGGCGCGUGGGAGGAGACACCGGUCGCCUUGACCCUAUCAGCAAGAGCUUGGUCACAUACCAGUCCAUACCUCGAUGGCUCGAUGCCCUGCCAGACCAUAAGAUUGCUCUGAUCAGGUCUAUCGUAGCCGUUGGCUCGAGAGGUUCCUACGUGAACUUCAAGGGUAAAUGGUGGGACGGCGACCGUACUGCUUUUCGUCUGCAAAAGUCAAAUGGGUCCAUUGGCUACCGCAUCGACGAGCUGGAUUGUCAUGAUGACGAGUUGGAUUUGGCCAGGCGAGAGAAAGACGAGGAAGCCUUUUGCAAAAUACACCUCGUCGAUCUCCUGAAAGCUAGAAUGCGCAUCAACGUGCAAACAUCUCGCGACAGGUGGCUCUGGACGCGAGAGCGCGUCCACGAGAUAGCCUUCCUGCUGUGA